UCGAGGGUAAAGUAGCUCCACGUUGAAUGUUGUAUUAACUUGUAAGAGGUUAACAACUUAAGCGGAGCUUGGCACAUUAAGCAAAUGUUUCUGACAUCGGGAUCCUAUACUGAAGUCAACGAUGGCAGGAGCAUUAGCGAGGCUGCUAUUUUACCCAACCCUUGCAUACAAUGUCUUUAUGGAGAAAGUGUCAGGCAGAAGGUGGUUUGAUCGUGUGGACCAAACUGUCAUUUUGGGUGCCCUUCCCUUCAAAUCAAUGACAGAAGAGCUAGUACAGACAGAAAAUGUGAGAGGGGUGAUUACCAUGAAUGAGGAGUAUGAAACUAAAUACUUCUGCAACUCAGCUGAGGAAUGGAGGGCUAUGGGGGUCGAACAGUUACGCCUAAGCACAGUGGACUUGACUGGAGUACCCAGUCUGGAGAACCUGAAUAAAGGUGUAGAGUUUACAAUGCGGCACAAGGAAAAGGGCACCAGUGUCUACAUCCAUUGCAAAGCUGGCCGUUCACGCAGCGCAACCCUCGUCGCAGCAUACCUCAUUCAGCUGCACUGUUGGAGCCCAGAGGAAGCCUGCCGGAUGCUGGCAUCUAUUCGCCCUCACGUGCUAGUCCGCACUGCGCAGAUGGAAAUGCUUCAGCGAUAUCACCAGCAGGUGUGUGCAGAGAAGUCCAACUAGACAAACUAGAGGGCUUACAGGGGAAAAAUAGGUGAUUUGUGAUUUGUUGAAAAAAUACUUGUUCAUUUAUUAAUAUCUGAACGUAUGUCAUCCAUUUGGAUUUUGAUUAUAAUUUUAAGCCAUUUCCAUCUCAGUUUCUAGCAACAUUUUUGAAAAGGACUGAACUAGAAAAUUAGGCCUCAGGUCAUCAAAGUAAGCAUGGGGUACAUUAAAUUCAUAUUCUAAAGCACAUUGUUUGCUUUUAGGAACAUCCUGAAAUGAUAACAGGAAACCUGUUUUUCAUAUUUAAUUGUGUGUGUGUGUGUGAGUGAGUGUGAAAUGUCUACAUUCCACAACUUAACUUAUUGGGUUCAGUAUUAUUUAAGGCAUUCAUUUUAUUUAUUCACCAGAGACUAUAAUAGAACAUCAUACCAAAGCAUUAUGGUAUCCCUGUGUUUACCUGCUAGCUGUAGAAUACUCCUUCCUAACAUGAAACUGACCAUGGCAAAAAUGUGACAUUUUUGUUUAGGAGAUAUGCAACAAACUGUACCAAAACAUAUUAACCCGAAGACACCAUUUCAUUUUCUGUAGUAAAGACAAAGCUUGGUACAGCCUCUUUAUUUUCCUCUGAAAGUUAAGACAAGGAAUAUUCAUUGAAUAAAUUGUGUAUAUGCAUGCCAUUAAAAUGAAGGCUGAAGCUUGUCCUCCAUAUUUUUGAAUUUGAAAAAGUGUGUUUAUAAAUUUCUGUGAUGGUUCUGAAUUCAUCUGAAUUUCAAUGAUCAACUGAAAGCUGAUCAUUGAAAAUCACUGUCAAUUCUCCCCUGUUGAGAGGAAGAUAAAGGCUUCCUCUCUGAAGCCAGGUCAUUUCAUCACAGGCUGGGUAAACUCUCUGACGAAGUGUACUUAUUAACUCCGACUGUACGAAAAUAGUGGUCAUUGCAGAGUGCCAAUCAUGUGAAAGACAGAUUUCCUCACCCUUUUAUGUCCAGAAGAAGAGUAUAAGUGUACCAAUAAUUGUACAGUUGAAGAGAAAUUUGUGUGACAGAAAUGUAUCGUAAGUAUGGAAUUAAAAACUAUCCAUGAAUUCUAACAAAUGAAAUCCCACACUCCACUUUAGAAAGUAGAAAGAGCUGUUUUAGUGCAGCUCUUGAUGGCACUGUCUUUCUCUUUUUAAUGCCAUUACUGUAGACAAUUGAUGUAGGGACAAAAGGUGGUUUGAGUGCUCUGGUGGAGCAAACACCUGCAGAUACUGGGGUCCCUGAAGAUCCCCUUCCAGUGCUCCUGCUUUAUGCAUCAUAAGGAUGUAUUAUGUUUACCACAGUAUGUAUUACAAAUCACACUGUAUUUUCAUUUUGAAGGCUGCCAUUGUCUGUAAAGUUUGGGAUGCUUGCUUCAGAUGCUUAAAUUAAAAUUAAACUGGACAGUUCACUUAUUUGACCUUUAAGGGCUAUAUUGUGGUGUGUUCUCACUAUUCAUUCAUGAU